CGAACCGCGGGGCGACCGAAGCGCAUGCGUAUUCUGCCUGACAGCGCGCGGAGGGAAAAAUCCGCGAGACCGCGGCGGGAGAAGAUGGCGGUACCGGGGAAGAGUUUGCAAUCUUUGUGACUGGGCGAGUCGGGUAACUGUUCGGGUCAUGGCGUCAAACUCAACCAAGUCUUUCCUGGCCGAUGCCGGCUAUGGCGAACAGGAGCUGGACGCUAACUCCGCUCUUAUGGAACUGGACAAAGGACUGAGGUCUGGCAAACUCGGGGAGCAGUGUGAGGCAGUCGUGCGCUUUCCCAGGCUUUUCCAGAAGUACCCGUUCCCUAUCCUCAUCAACUCAGCAUUCCUAAAGUUAGCUGAUGUUUUCAGAGUUGGAAACAACUUCCUGCGGCUGUGUGUUCUCAAAGUGACGCAGCAAAGUGAGAAGCACCUGGAGAAGAUUCUAAAUGUGGAUGAGUUUGUGAAGAGGGUGUUCUCAGUGAUCCACAGUAACGACCCUGUGGCCAGAGCCAUCACUCUCCGGAUGUUGGGAAGUCUGGCGUCCAUCAUCCCUGAGAGGAAGAAUGCCCAUCACAGUAUCCGCCAGAGUCUGGAUUCCCAUGAUAAUGUAGAAGUUGAAGCUGCUGUUUUUGCAGCCGCAAACUUCUCUGCACAGUCAAAGGAUUUUGCUGUGGGGAUCUGUAACAAAAUCAGUGAAAUGAUUCAAGGCUUAGCUACGCCAGUGGACCUGAAGCUGAAGCUGAUCCCGAUCCUGCAGCACAUGCACCAUGAUGCCCUCCUGGCCUGCAGCGCCCGCCAGCUCCUGCAGCAGCUGGUCACGUCCUACCCCUCCACCAAGAUGGUCAUCGUGUCUCUGCACACGUUCACUCUGCUGGCAGCCUCCUCUUUGGUUGACACACCCAAGCAGAUUCAGCUUCUGCUGCAGUAUUUGAAGAAUGACCCCAGGAAAGCCGUGAAGAGACUUGCUGUUCAGGAUCUGAAGCUGCUUGCUAGUAAGACACCACACACGUGGAGUAAGGAGAAUAUUCAGGCACUCUGUGAGUGUGCACUGCACACUCCUUAUGACAGCUUGAAACUUGGGAUGUUGUCUGUCCUCUCCACACUGUCAGGAACCAUUGCCAUUAAACAUUACUUCAGUGUAGUUCCAGGAAAUGUAGGCUCUUCCCCCAGAUCUUCUGAUUUAGUCAAAUUAGCUCAAGAAUGCUGUUACCAUAGCAACAGGGGCAUCGCAGCUCAUGGAGUAAGAGUGCUAACUAAUAUAACCGUGUCUUGUCAAGAAAAAGAUCUCUUGUCACUGGAGCAAGAUGCUGUCUUCGGCCUGGAAUCCCUUCUGGUGCUUUGUAGUCAAGAUGACAGUCCAGGUGCUCAAUCCACUGUGAAGAGUGCUCUCAGCUGUAUGGUGAAGCUGGCCAAGGGCCGGCCCCAUCUGAGCAGGUCAGUGGUUGACACUCUGCUAACUCAGCUGCACAGCUCUCAGGAUGCUGCCCGGAUCCUCAUGUGCCACUGCCUGGCAGCCAUCGCCAUGCAGCUCCCGGUACUGGGUGAUGGAAUGCUUGGGGACCUCGUGGAGCUCUACAAGGUGAUUGGACGAUCAGCCACAGACAAGCAACAGGAACUUCUGGUAAGUUUGGCUACUGUGAUUUUUGUAGCCAGCCAGAAAGCAUUGUCUGCAGAAGUGAAGGCGGUAAUCAAGCAGCAGCUUGAAAGCGUCUCCAGUGGGUGGACCGUGUACCGGAUUGCCAGGCAGGCUUCCAGAAUGGGCAACCAUGACAUGGCGCGAGAGCUUUACCAGAGUUUGCUGACACAGGUCGCAUCAGAACACUUCUACUUCUGGCUGAACAGUCUGAAGGAGUUCUCACAUGCAGAGCAGUGUCUGACUGGGCUGCAGGAGGAUAGCUUCAGCUCAGCACUUUCCUGCAUUGCUGAGUCUUUGAAGUUCUACCACAAAGGGAUCGCCUCCCUAACGGCUGCCAGCACACCGCUGAAUCCUUUGAGCUUUCAGUGUGAGUUUGUAAAGCUCCGGAUCGAUCUCCUCCAAGCCUUCUCGCAGCUCAUUUGCACGUGUAACAGCCUGAAGACAAGCCCUCCCCCUGCCAUCGCCACCACCAUCGCCAUGACCUUAGGAAACGAUCUUCAGAGGUGCGGCCGGAUCUCCAAUCAGAUGAAGCAGUCCAUGGAAGAAUUCCGAAGCCUUGCUUCCCGGUACAGAGAUCUCUAUCAAGCAUCCUUUGAUGCAGAUUCGGCCACUCUGAGGAAUGUAGAACUCCAGCAGCAGAGCUGCUUACUGAUAUCUCAUGCCAUAGAAGCCCUGGUUUUGGAUCCUGAAUCAGCAAGCUUCCAGGAGUAUGGGUCCACAGGUGCUGCCCACGCCGACAGUGAGUAUGAGAGAAGAAUGAUGUCCGUGUACAGUCGCGUCCUAGAGGAGGUGGAGUCGCUUAACCGGAAGUAUGCCCCAGUUUCCUACAUGCACACAGCAUGCCUCUGCAAUGCCAUCAUCGCUCUGCUGAAAGUUCCUCUUUCAUUUCAGAGAUACUUUUUCCAGAAACUACAGUCUACCAGCAUCAAGCUCGCUCUGUCACCUUCUCCCCGGAGCCCUGCAGAGCCCAUUGCUGUGCAGAAUAACCAGCAGCUGGCACUAAAGGUAGAAGGCGUUGUUCAGCACGGAUCUAAACCAGGCCUCUUCCGCAGAGUUCAAUCUGUGUGCCUGAACGUUUCCUCCACACUGCAGAGUAAAUCUGGCCAAGACUACAAGAUUCCCAUUGACAGCAUGACCAAUGAGAUGGAGCAGAGGGUUGAGCCACAUAAUGAUUACUUCAGCACCCAGUUCCUGUUGAACUUUGCUGUCCUUGGAACGCAUAGCAUCACAGUGGAGUCAUCGGUGAGAGAUGCCAAUGGCAUCGUCUGGAAGACUGGCCCCAGAACUACUAUGUUUGUCAAAUCCCUGGAAGACCCCUACUCCCAGCAGAUUCGCCUACAGCAGCAGCAGGCCCAGCAGCCUUUGCAGCCACAACCACAGCCACAGCCACAGCCUCGCAGUGCCUACACCCGGUUUUAGCUGUGCUACAAGCAUACUACUGCCACACUGCACAGCCAUCACACUACUAGAAGAGUCAUGUGCGUUAAGUGUCAAUGUUACAGUGUGAAAUCCAGUAUUCACUGAUUGCUGUAAUGUAACAUUCUGGUGAA